AUGGGAGACUCGCAAGAAAAUAAUAGAGGAAAAAGUAAAGACAAAGAUUAUGUAACUCGGACAAUGGAGGAAACCAAUGAGUUGUUACAUCUCUUGGUGGAUGCUAUGAAUAGGGGGAUGCGUGAUGCUAAUGGAUCACUUAGCAAACAAACUGUAGAACGGUCAAUACUUCCUGACCUAAAUGCUAAGACUAGGUUCCCUAAAACUUAUAGUCACUAUUUCAGUCGGAUGAAGUGGUUUAAGAACCAAUAUAACAUGAUGUCAACACUUAUGCGUCACAACUCUGGUUUUGGAUGGGACUCAAUUGCAAAAACUUUCACCGCUACUGAGGAAGUAUGGAAAGAUUACUUAAAGGUGAGCUAA